UUAAAAUCACAAAAAAAAAUACCAAAAACUUAUCUCGCAAAUUGGGAACUUCUUCAACAAUGGCUUACGAACCCAAUUUUAAAAAUACAAGUAGAAUAUCUCAUAAAAUUUGGGAAACAAGUUUAUGAGCCAAUGAUGAAUUUUUUAAUUAGUUCUGAUAAAGAACCACGAAUUCUUCAGCCCGACGGUCAACUAACGCCACUUUUCUCUAGUUGCAGAGCUCAUGAAAUGUCUGAUGCAAUUGUUAAAUGGAUAGGGAAUUUAUAUAGAGUUAGAGAUAAUAUUUGCUCACUUUUUGAUAAAGAAUUAUGCGAUGCUAUUGAUAUUUUUGAUAAAGAAGAUUUUGGAAAUUUUUUUAAUAAUUUAGAAGCUGGUAUUGAUACGGCUAUAAAUUCUUUGGAUAAGUAG